UCUGCUUUGCUAACGCCAUGGAGGGCAAGGAGGACAACCAGCGUAUGCGCUCGAUCGCCUUCGUGGCUGUAGCUGUCUCCACAGCUGCCGUGAUUGCUUCGGCUAUCACUACACCUAUGCUGUACAGCUAUGUGCAGACUCUUCAGAGUCAAGUCAACUCCGAGACCGACUUCUGCCGCUUGCGCUCUCGCGACAUGCUCGUUAGCAUGUACCAGAUGGCUCCUAAGGGACGUGCCAAGAGAGGAUGGUUGUUCGGACAGUGGGUUCCCGAUGGUGGAGCCGGAGGUGGUGCUGAUGCUGGUCAAUAUGGAGGACAGUCGGAGCCCGGAUAUGGCGCACCCCCACCAAGCAACGGCUACGGACCUGUUGCUAACGCUGAGCCUGAGCCACAAUGCUGUACCUGCCAGCAAGGGCCUGUUGGACCCCCAGGACCUCCCGGAGACGGAGGCAAGGACGGUAAAGACGGUGACCAAGGAGACGACGGCAAAGCCGGCAAAGACGGUGGCAUCGAGCCCAGCGAUGGUCUCCAGAGCGAGCCUUGCAUCAUCUGUCCACCUGGACCACCCGGACCAAUCGGAAACGCUGGAGCCAAGGGACCCCAAGGACCCCGCGGAACCCCCGGUCUUUCCGGAAUCGAUGGACGCCGUGGAGAGCCUGGUAUGGUCGGACCAGCUGGACCCAUGGGAGAGCCCGGAGUCCGCGGACCAAAGGGAAAGAAGGGAGAAGAUGGAAACGUUAUCAAUGUCAACGGACCACCAGGACCACCAGGAGCACCUGGAGCACCUGGACGCAAGGGAGAGCAGGGACCCAAGGGACGUGUUGGAUCCGUUAUUCCCGGACCACAGGGACCACCUGGAGACCAGGGCAAGAAGGGACGUUCUGGACGCAAGGGAGAGCCUGGAGUGCAAGGCCCACUCGGAUCAAAGGGAGCCGAUGGCGAUUGCUUCCACUGCCCAACUCCUCGUACUCCUCCUGGCUAUUGAUUCGACAAGACAACGGAG